AUGAAAACAGUGUUGCUUAUUGCCUUGAUCACUAUUGCAUUCACUGCUAGAGUUUAGUAAAAGAAUUUCGCAAAAAUCACAACUGAUUUGAAAAAAAGCACUUAUGGAAAUGCACUACUUCAUUUAGUUGAACUUCACUCAAUGGCUGGAGGACCAGUACAAGAAUUGAUUGAUGCUAUUGAAGAGCUUAUUAAUGACCUAGAAGAAGAAUUAGAAGAAUUAGAAUUUAAUUUCUAAUAAAGAACAAACCAACACAAUUCACUUGUGAUUGGAUUUGAAUAAGAUAUUUAGGAUGCUGUCAUUGAUGUUAACAACACAUAAGAUACCUUGGAUAACUUACUUUUCCCAAGAAAAGAAUAACUUGAAGUCAGAAUCGAAUAAAUUCAAGAAUAUUAGGAAGCCAAUAGAAAAAAAUACGAAGAAGCUGUUCUUACUAGAGAAUAAGAGCACGAAGAUUUUGAAUUUUAAGUUGCAGAAUUAAAUGAUGCCACAGCCGCUGUUGAUGAUGCCCUUGCCCUUCUUUCAUCCCUUACAAAUCCAUCACUCCUCCAAAUCAAGAGAUUUUAAAAUUCAUUGAAAAAUAUUGAAUCCAAAAUCAAAUCUAGAUCCAAGAUGGCUCCCAUGAUCAAAGCCCUUAUCACCUUAGCUUCCAAUUAAAACUUCUCAGAUUAAGGAAUCAUUAGUCAAAUUGUUAAUGCUCUUAAUGAAUUCAGAAAUGCUAUUGUUGAUUCAAUUAAUGCUUAAACAGCUGCCGAAGCUGAUGCUUAAGCUGAACACGAAGAAUAUUUGUCCUAAUUGGAUACUGAAUUUGCUGAAUUCUAAAGACAAAUCAAUAGACUCAAUGUCGACUUGACUGCUACAAAUGAAAAGAUCGAUCAAUUAAGUGAAUUCAGAGACUAAAGAGAAGCUGAUAGAAAACAAUAUAUUGCAGAACUUGAGUUAGAAAACAACACCUAUGCUGAAGAAACAGAUAUUUACACUAACUUGAAGAACGAAUUCACAAGAGAGUUAGGCGUCAGUGAAUAAGCCUUAUCAGUUGUUGAAAGUGCUGACUUUACCAACAUCUAAGUUUGAGAAAUAAAAUUAAAUUUCUUAUUAUUAAGCACAAAUAUUUUUUAUAUUUUAUAUCUUAAAA